CAGCUGGGCUCAGCUUCAAGGGGACCAGGGGGACCAUGGCCGGUGUAGAGUCCUCUCUGCUUACAACCCUAGGUCCCAGCCCAGAUCCUGGCGACAGCCAGGGAGAGCUGGACUGCAGUUUCAAUGAAGAGUUCAAGUUCAUCCUGCUGCCCGUGAGCUACACAGUCGUUUUCCUGUUGGGCCUGGGCCUCAACGCCCUGACCCUCUGGCUCUUCCUCUUUCGCCUCCGACCCUGGGAUGCUACGGCCACCUACAUGUUCCACUUGGCCUUGUCAGACACUUUGUAUGUGCUGUCACUGCCCACCCUCAUCUACUAUUAUGCGGCCCGCAACCACUGGCCCUUUGGCACGGGGCUCUGCAAGUUCAUCCGCUUCCUCUUCUACUGGAACCUCUACUGCAGCGUCCUCUUCCUUACCUGCAUCAGCGUGCACCGCUACCUGGGGAUCUGCCACCCGCUUCGGGCCCUGCACUGGGGCCGCCCGCGCUUCGCGGGCCUUCUCUGCCUGGCCGUUUGGUUGGUUGUGGCUGGCUGCCUUGUGCCCAACCUGUUCUUCGUCACCACCAGCCCCAAGAAGGACACCAUCCUGUGCCACGACACCACUCGGCCCGAGGAGUUUGACCACUACGUGCAUUUCAGCUCAGCCAUCAUGGGGCUGCUGUUUGGCGUGCCCUGCCUGGUCACUCUUGUCUGCUAUGGGCUCAUGGCCCGGCGCCUGUAUCGGCCCUUGCCAGGCUCCGCCCAGUCAUCCUCGCGUCUGCGUUCUCUCCGCACCAUCGCUGUGGUGCUGACUGUCUUCGCUGUCUGCUUCGUGCCCUUCCACGUCACCCGCACCAUUUAUUACAUGUCAAGGCUGCUGGAAGCCGACUGCCGGGUGCUGAACAUUGUCAAUGUGGUCUACAAAGUGACUCGGCCUCUGGCCAGCGCCAACAGCUGCCUGGAUCCCGUGCUCUACCUGCUCACGGGGGACAAGUAUCGUCGUCAGCUCUGGCAGCUGUGCAGGUGUGGGGAGCCUCAGCCCCCCACCACGGCCUCCACCCUGGCUCUGGUGUCCCUGGCUGAGGAAAGCAGCUGCAGGUGGACAUCUACCCAGAGGGACCGUGGCUUCCCUGCCCCUGGGGCAGAUAGAUCGUAGCCCUAGGAGCCAGGAAGUGAGAGGAAAAAGGGUGCGUGCAGGGCAGAGGUGAGGGAAUUUGAUAUUUACAUCCAAUAUGGCUGCUCCUUCCUCUUUCCCAGACUCCAGAGAGAGGCCCACACCCUGAGGAUUAAGAGGAACCAGGGAUAUCAUGUGUGACCCCAUCUCUCAUAACCCUUUCAGCUGCCCUCUCCUUUUUGGCCAAAGGCAGUAACAGCCACUCUUCUUUCUCUUUGCCUCUGUCUCCUUCCUGGGGCCAUCAGUCCUGUCUCCCUUGAGCCUACAAGGUUUCCUAAAAUCCUCAUGCAGUCCUUUUUCCCCCAUGCACCUUUGUAUAGCCUGUGUUCCUUCAGCCAGACCCGCGCAAUAGACUGAAGAGGUGGAGAAGCUGGGGGGUGAU